UUUGGACUACAAUCUGACAUUCCGGUUCUCUCCCACCCACCUCCUCCGCGGGCCGCGUGAAGUCCACCGCUUCCAAGUCCGUCGAGACCUCGCCGGCGGCAAUCCGAGAUCUAACUCCUACCUCGGCACAACGGAUCGAAGAACUAGGCGCAGCAAUGGUGCUGAUCCCUCUCGUCCGGGAUUACAUCGACCGCAUGCUGCACGAUGUUUCCGGCAUGAAGAUCCUCAUCCUCGACCCCCAAACCGUGGAGAUGGUGAGCGUAGUGUACAGCCAAUCGGAUCUGCUGCGGAAGGAGGUGUUCCUCGUGGAGACGGUCGACGACGCCUCCAGCUCCAGGGCGUCCAUGGCGCACCUCAAGGCUGUCUUCUUCUUCCGGCCAUCCUCUGACAACAUCCAGAAGCUCCGCCGCAUCCUCGCUGCGCCGCGAUUCGCCGAGUGCCACCUCUUCUUCUCCAAUAUACUGAAGAUCCCACAGAUUCAGGUGCUUGCUGAUUCUGAUGAGCAGGAGGUUGUGCAGCAAGUUCAGGAGUUCUAUGCUGACUUCUGUGCCAUUGAUCCUUUCCAUUUUACUCUGAAUAUACGCAAUAACCACAUCUACAUGCUUCCAACGGUGGUAGACCCUCCUGGGAUGCAGAGCUUCUGUGAUCGAUCUGUUGACGGCAUUGCUUCUCUCUUCCUGGCUCUGAAGCGUCGCCCUGUUAUUAGAUACCAAAGGACAUCAGAUGUCGCAAAAAGGAUCGCACAAGAAACUGCGAGGUUGAUGUAUGAGCAGGAGAGUGGCCUGUUUGAUUUUAGACGAACUGAGAACUCUUCCUUGUUGUUGGUGAUUGACAGAAGGGACGAUCCUGUCACUCCGUUACUUAACCAGUGGACAUAUCAGGCAAUGGUUCACGAGCUUAUUGGAAUUGACAACAACAAAGUUGAUCUUACUGAAUUUGCUACUGUACCUAAAGACCAGCAGGAGGUGGUUCUUUCAGCGGUACAGGACAACUUUUUUAGAGCGAACAUGUUCGAGAAUUUUGGGGACCUCGGUAUGAAUGUCAAAAGAAUGGUAGAUGACUUUCAACAUCUUUCAAAAAGCAGCCAAAAUUUUCAGAGCAUAGGUGAUAUGGCAAAAUUUGUGACCAACUACCCUGAGUAUCGAAAGACGCAUGGAAAUGUAACAAAACAUGUUGCUUUGGUGAGUGAAAUGAGCAGAAUGGUGGAGGAAAGGAAGCUUAUGCAAGUUUCACAGACGGAACAAGAGCUAGCAUGUACAAGUGGACAAGCAGCAGCCUUUGAGGCCGUUACUUCCUUACUAAACAAUCAAAGUGUAUCUGACAUUGACCGUUUACGACUGGUAAUGCUCUAUGCUUUGCGGUAUGAAAAAGAGAGUCCGGUUCAGCUGAUGCAGCUUUUCAACAAAUUGGCUUCUCGUUCUGCCAAAUACAAGUCAGGGCUUGUUCAGUUCCUGCUUAAGCAGGCUGGUGUUGACAAAAGAACAGGCGACUUGUAUGGGAACCGUGACCUAUUGAAUAUUGCUCGCAACAUGGCUCGUGGACUUAAGGGUGUUGAGAAUGUAUACACCCAACACCAGCCUCUGCUCUUCCAAACCAUGGAAGGAAUUGUGAAGGGGCGAUUGCGGGAUGCUGACUAUCCACUUGUUGGCAAUCACUUCCAGCAGGGCAGGCCUCAAGAUGUGGUGAUAUUCAUCGUUGGUGGGACAACAUAUGAGGAAGCAAGAUCAGUAGCCCUCUAUAAUGCAGCAAAUCCUGGAGUUCGUUUCUUCCUUGGAGGUUCGUCAGUUCUAAAUUCGAAGAGAUUUCUUGAGGACUUGGGGGAGGCACAAAAAAUAUCAAAAUCAAGCCCUCUAGUAUGAGCUCAGGUCGUUGUUUUUUCUUCCGCUGGAGGCUUGCCAGAAUGUGAUAAUUGGUAGCCUUACUGCAUAGUGACAAAGAAUGAAUUUUGUGGUAAAUUUUACAAUGUAUAGCUUUAGCUGUGUAGUGCAAUACCAUGUUGGGUACAAUACACAUUUGUUGCCAUAUUUUCUAUUCCCUCUAUUCUGAAGUAGAUGUUACAUGUUUGUCUAGAUUUGUAUGUAUUUAUUACUACCUGUAUCAAAGAGCUUGAACCCUUUUGGCCUAA